AUGUCGACGUCGAUGCUUCCCAAUAUGAACGGCACAGCCGGUGCUGCGAUGGACGGCACACUCUUCGUAGAGAUGGCCCAGCGAUGGCCUGUUGCGGCCACUGUACUCUUUACAUGUGCUGUCGCACUCUUGCUGCAGACUGUCAUGAAGAGCGAUCCAUGGGCGGAUAUUCCUAUGGUCGGAACUGAGUUUGGAGGGUCAGAGGCCCGACGAAAGCGAUUCAUGAAUGGUGAGGCCCGAAACCUUUACCUCGAUGGAUACAGGAAGUUCAAAGAAAGGGCAUUCCGGAUUACUACGGCAAGGAAAUCGCCAAACAUCGUCGUCGCCCCGAAGUUUAUGAACGAGCUGAAGAAGCUUCCCGAAGACGUCCUGAACUUCAACCGUGCCGUUGCGGAGUCGCUGCACGCAAACUACACUGGUAUGGAAACCGAUGUCCCGUUGCUCCCCCACACGGUCAAGACUGCUUUGACGCCGGCACUGGUCCGACUCAACCCGAUCAUCGCCGACGAGGUCAUCGAAGCUCUCCGAACAGAACUCCCCCAAUCGUGCGACUGGACCGAAGUCAAGAUCAUGGACAAGAUGAUGCGCGUCAUCGCCAAGGCGUCCGGCCGCAUCUUCAUCGGACCAGAGCUUUGCCGAAACGAAGAAUACUUGGACGCCGCGAUCUAUUACACCGUCGAUCUCAUGAAGGCCGUUAGACGAGUCGCAAAUAUCACCCCCUGGCUACGACCUUUCACAGCGGCGAGAACACCGGAGGUGAAGAAGGUCCACUACCGAGUUGAAGAGGCGGAUAAGUUCCUGAGACCGGUAGUGACCGCAAGGAAGGAAGCCGAGAAGAGCCCCGACUAUCAGAAGCCGGAUGAUAUGCUGCAGUGGAUUAUGGAGUCGCAGAAGAAGUUUGGCCAGAAGAACGACAGAGAACUAGCCAGAUACCAACUAGGUAUCAGCUUCGCUGCUAUCCACACUACCACGGUCACCACAGCCAACGCUCUAUACACCCUAGCUGCCAUGCCCGAGUUGGUACCCAUGCUCCGGGAUGAUAUACAGCAAGCCCUGUCUGAGAGCAAUGGCGUCUUCACAAGUGGCGCUAUGCAAAACAUGAAAAAGCUGGACAGCUUCCUCAAAGAGACUAUGAGAUUUUACUCACUGGGCUCCACAACAUUCCAACGCAAGGUCUUAAAGACAUUCACCCUGUCCAACGGCCAAGUCAUUCCCGCAGGAUCCGUAAUUGAACUGCCCAUGAUCGGUAUCAACAAUGACGAUGGUAUCUUUCCCGACUCUGACAAAUUCGACCCCUUGAGGUUCUACAAACUCCGACAGGCCAAGACGGAGCAGGAGAGCGGCUCGAAGCAGGCCGAGGUGGUGGCAAACGCCCAAUUCGUCAGCGUCGGACAGACCAGCUUGACCUUUGGAUAUGGUCGCCACGCGUGCCCGGGUCGCUUCUUUGCCGUGAAUGAGAUCAAGAUGAUCAUGGCGACGACUCUGGCCAGCUACGACAUCAAGAAUCCGGGUGAUAGCACGGAACGAUUCAAGAACUUGGAGUACGGCCCAGUCACUCAACCUGAUCCCAACAAGAAGGUACUGUUGAGGAAGAUUUAG